AUGAUUUUUACACCAGCUUCUUAGUAAGAGAAGGCAACAUUAGAGAAGAUAGGAGAAUUUCUUAUGGGUUUGAGCAAAAAUGUGCUUAAACAAGGAAGUUCUAUAAGUUUACCAAAGUUUCUGUAAGAUUUAGAGGAUACUUCAAAUGAACUAUGUUACAUGCUUUAAGCUAGAGAUUAAAAUGAUUAUAGUCAUGCUAUCAAUAAAUAUACUUAAGUUUGGAAAGACGUAUUGAAAUCAGUUUAGAAUGCCAAUCAGAUGCAUACAGAAGGGGAACAUGAACUAGAGCCUUUAUCUAGAGCAGAUUUGAUGUAACGAAUGAAAAAGAGAAUGAUGGAAGGAGGACAAACAGGAAGGUUGGGUGGAGCUAGAGUUGGAGGCUUUUAAUCACCAUUGGUUGAAAAUGAAAGAAUAAAGAAUCGUUAAUUAAGUAGCAAAAACUCUAAUAUAUUACCAUCAAUUAGAUUGAAUUCUUUUGAAUAAUAAAAUGAUCGAACUCUAAACAAUUCAUCAAGGAUGUAAUAUGAAUUAGAUGAUAAUCAGAAAUGCAUAUUAAAUGAAGUCUUGAAGUAAACAAAUAAAUUAAAUGUAUAAAUUGUAAUGAAGAGAUAUGAUCCAAAGAUCAAAUUAUGUAUAUCAUAAGGAACAGAUACAAAUUUAGAUAUCUUAGAAGUGAUGAGAAAUUUUAAGAAGGUAAAUUAAUAUUAUUAUUUUAUAUAGGAAUAUCAUGAAAGUAAAUUAUAAGAGAUUGUAUAAGAUAGUGAUAAACAUUCUAUGGAGCUAUAGAAAUUUUUAAAUGAAAGAAUUGAUCAUAGAUAUACUUUAUAAACUUAAUAAGUUACUGAUAAAUUAAAAGGAGUGCAUAAGUAAAUGAUUUAAAAGACAAUGGAUAUUGAAACUGUAAUAUUGGAUACUUAAAAAUAAUAAACACAAUAAGACAUGAUACCUAAUAUCUUAAAUGAUUUCUUAGAUUAUGUACAUGAAAGCUAUUAGAAUGUUUAAAAUGAAACAUAUAAAGUUUUGAUGAAAUUUGUUUCUGGAUUUAUAGUAAGGAGACUUAAAUAAGAUUCUGAGAAAAAGUUACCUUAAUAAAAUUCUUAAUAAUUAUUGUCUAGUUCAAAUAAAGAUCGUAAAGCACCUCCUUUAAGAAGAGCAGAUAAUACAGAAUAAUUGUAGAAGGAGUUAUCAAAUAAGAAUGUAGAAUUGGAUAAAAAGUUUAUGGAAAAUGCAGAAUUGUGGAAUAGAGUAAGAUAAAUGGAAAAUUAAAUAAUGUAAUAGAAUAUAGAAAUUGAAUCAACUAAAAUUGCUGAAAAAGCUAUAGAGUAAGAACGAACUCAAUUAUUAUAUGAAAAAUAAAAAUUAGAAAAAUAAUUGUCAGUUAUAACUAAUAAAACAUUUUAAGAUUAAGCAGUUUAAGUUUCAGAUUAAACAUUACAAUAAUAAAUAUCCAAAUUAUAAAAAGAGAAUUAAGAAUUAUAAUAAAAACUGUAUCAAUUAACAGGAGAAUUAAAUAAGAAGAAAUCAAUACCAGCAGAUUAAAAAAGUUUACAAAUGGAUUUUGGUAAUAGUUAAGAUCAAUCAAACAAGGAUUCUCCAAGAGCUACAAGUAAAAUGAAAUCAUAAUUUGAUUUUGCUCCAGAUGAAGAUAAUAUUUCAAUUGGAUAUCGUGGUGAAUCAAAUCGAUAGAUUUAGUAUAGUGAUUACACAAAAAGAUAAAGUACUGAUGUAGGAUAAAGAAUGAGUUUCACUUAACAUAUAUAAUCAUAGAAAGAAUAAAGGAUUUACAAAAAUAAUAGUCAAACAUCAGAUACAUCAUAAAAUAAGAGAGUUUAUUAACAUUCAUAUACAGAAUUUCAUCCACCCAAACAACCCAAUAAAUAAACUACUAUUGAUUAGAAAUCAAUAUAAGAAUUAGAUGAAGAGUAAAUGUAAAAAAGUGGUAUGCUCUUGUAACAAUAAUAAAAAUAAUAAGUCAGAAAAAGUUUAUCCCCUAAUAAUGAAAAUCCAUAAUUAUUACGAAAAAUGAGUUCUAUAUCAAAAUCUGAUUAAAAUUUAACUUCAUCUAUAGCUAGAAAAUCUACUAUUAAUUAAAUGAAAAUUGGAGACUCAACUAUCCCAGAUAUUGAUUUAACUUAAGCUUAAACAAUUUAAGAUACAUAAAGAACAUCAUCAGGAAGAGUGCUUACUUUAACUGAAAGAAAAAAUGAUUCAAGUCCUUCAGAUAGAAGAAUCUAAACAGAAUAUACUGAUUAAUCCUAAUUUUAAUAAUGUUAAAUACAAUAAAAUUAACAAAUUUCAAAUACUCCUUAAUAAAAUAAAUAAGUAAGAGGAUAUAAAAAAUCUGAAACUUUUUUGGCUAAUAAAACAAAAAAUAAAUUUGCAAGAAAAUCAACAGAUGCAAUGAGAGAUAUUCAAGAUGAUUAAUAAUCUGGAACAAUUUCAAAUAGAGGUUCAACAAGGAUAAUAGAAGGUAAUAAGUCAAAGAUACCUUUGAUAAUAGAAGAAGAUGAAGUUAGUAGGAAAUCUAAAUCUCGUCUGUCUUCAUAAUAAUCAUCAUAAUCUCAUAUAAGAAGGUCUAGCACUACUAUUUAAUAACCUAUAAAAAUGGCAAUAAAAGUUAAUGAUGAAAAUCCAUCUGAAUAUAUUGCUUAAUGGAAAUAAAGAACAAUAGAAUAAGAAUAAUAAACAGAUAUUGAAUUGUUAACAAAUAUAUUAGAAAAUUUGAUUUUGAAUAUGGGAUUACCUAAUGAUAUUUAAUAGAAACUAAUGGAUGCAAUGCCAGGAAUAAUUUCAUUAAAAAAUCUAAAUUAAUUAGGAGGAGAUCAAAAUAAUUUGUUAAAAUAAUAAUAAUCCUUUAAAAAUGUAGUUUAAAAAUAUGGUUUUGAUAAUGAAAGAGUUAGUUCAAAUUAAACUUAAAAUCAUAGUGCAAAAUAAUCAUAAGACUCAUUACUAAAACAUGAAUCAGAAGAUGAAUAAAUAUAGAUGAGUUCUAAAUAAGGAUCUUAGAAACAAAUGGAUACUUAAAGAAGUUAAAAUUAAAAAUCUACUAAAUUCUUUUAAGAUAAGUAGAAGAAGGAAUCAAAUGUUUAAAGAUAACCUUCUCGAUAACCUAUAGAUCCUUAAGAAUAAUUUGAUUAAGAGGAAGUAUAAUAAAUUUUUGAUAUGGCUGCUGAUUUAAAAAUAGAUUAAGUAGAUUAAUUACCUUAUGAAGAGAUGGUAAAAUAAAUUUAAAACUAAGAAAAUGAUGGUAAAUAAUUACAAUAAAUCAAACCAAAUGAAUUAAAAGGAGAAACCUUUUUACGAAAUUUAUUUAAUUAAAUAUAAAACAAGAAAACUAAAGGAGUUGAAAAUGUACAAGAAUUAUUAAGAAAGUAUUAUAAAAAAGGAAAGCAUGAAAACAUAACUUAUUAUGAAUUCAAAGCCUUCUAUUAAAGAUUAGCUGCUAUACAUAAAAUAUGUGGAUAAGAUUUGAUGUGUAAUCAUCUCUAAAGAUUUAUUAUGCGAUUAGGAUAUACAUGUUCAAUAUUUUCAAAAAGAUAAGUAAUAAAUUAAAAUAAAAUAAUAGUUAUUAAAAACUAGUACGUCAGUAAUAAAACCUUUUAAUACAAGUGAAGAUAUGACAACAUAAUCUAAAAUUACUAAUACGCAUCAAAAUUUAGCUUAGAGUAGAUUCACUAGUUAAUAAUUUUAUAUGUCUGAAGAAUAGUUUUAUUGA